AUGGAGUCCCCACCGUACAUCUUCUUCCACAAUAGAAACGGCGGUUAUUGGUGGGACGAAAAAACAGAUCCAAUCCUACAGAACUGUCGAACAAUCAACGAAGACGCUGCACAGUCCCUCCUAAGCUCACUUACUGUGAACGUAUCUCAACCGUGCUCUCUCCUUCGUUGGCUAAACAAGAACAAUCCCGCCUAUAUCACUGACCUCGUCGUCUUCGUUGACGCGUGUUGCGACAGUCCUCCUGCAACGCACUGGAGCCAACUUUUUGAGAAGCUCGGCCGUGAAGCCACAAAUUUGCAACAUCUGACCGUUUAUUGGGACUCGGAGAACAUUGUCCAUAGAGGUUUGGGGAAGGACCUCUGCUUUGUUCGAGCACUGACGCAACUAAAGGUGAAGAAGACAAUAACAAUUGAAGGUUUCUAUGCGCUGCGAUGGCCGGAAUAUUUGGAGCGCGAGAUGGGCAUAAAGCCACAAGAAGAUAAUCACAGCCCCACCCGGACAAGGUUAAGGAGACAAUAUCAGAGAGGGACCGAAAACAUCAUUCCUUGA